UCGAGCCGUUGCCAUGGGAGACGCGGCAGCGCUCGUGCUCUGCUGUGUCUCGCGUUCAGCUCAAGAUUGUAACUGUCCGUUACAAUCACGGGAAAUCAGGAAGAUUUUAAUAUUCAGACGGAUGAUUUUAUGAUUCAUACGGAUACGAAAUACGGGACACGAAACCUUCAUUUCGACUCGCACGGGUUUAAAGUCUCUAUGGAGUUUUGAAUCAGACGGAGAUUAGAGAUGCCCAGAGCGUCUCAUCUCCUCCUGCACUCAGUGAAAUUAACCCGUAAUCCCCUCAGUGACCUGCUGCUCUUCCUGUGUAACACCUUGGAUAACACGAGCUGAAGGACUCUGACUCACGGCCCGGUCCAGCACGAGGCCAGUGUGACAGGACACUUCUGCUGGAGUCCAGCUCCGCUUACUACACAGGAGGAACAUUAAUACUCACCUGAGGAUCUGAAUGUUUACUCAUCACUGUAUCCAGCAUGGCUGACGCCUGGAUUAAACGGCCUGUGGAACAACUCCAGGAAUUAUCCUUGUCAUCUUUUGGUUCUUUAUGGAGCAGCCAGAAGUGAGAUGGAAUUUCCUCCAUAUAAUCGGCGUGGAAUAAUCUCCAUGUCAGACGUCUGCUGAAGAGAUUCGUAUGGCGGAGGGUUGUGGUAGCGCUGUGUGCUGAUAUAUUCCGGAUCGCUACAGAUAUGCUCCAAACCAAUAACUACUCGCUGGUGCUGCUGAUCCAGCUGGCACUGCUGACCUUUGACCUGUUUGUCAACUCCUUCAGUGAACUGCUGCGGGCCGCCCCGGUCAUACAGCUCGUGCUGUUCAUAAUCCAGGACAUUGGCAUCCUGUUUAACGUGAUCAUCAUUCUUCUCAUGAUGUUUAACACAUACGUGUUCCAGGUGGGGCUGGUGUCCCUGUUACUGGAGCGAUUCAGAGCGCUGCUGAUACUGUCUGCUCUCUACCUGACGCUCAGCAUCUGCUUUCACUGCUGGGUCAUGAACUUGAGGUGGAUGGAGUCCAAUCGUUUCGUGUGGACGGACGGUCUGCAGGUUCUCUUUGUGUUCCAGAGACUAGCUGCUGUGCUGUAUUACUACUUCUACAAACGCACAACCGAGUACCUGGGAGACCCCAGACUUUACGAGGAUUCCCCGUGGCUCCGUGACGCAUUCGCUAGAGCGCGACAGUGAGACUGAAGAAACAAAACGAAUGGAACCCAAGGGAUGUUAACAUUGUGUGAAACAAUCAAAAAACUCAACCAAAGCAUUUCAAGAAACAAAACGGAUGGACUCAGUCAGAGCCUCGCUACCUUAAAACAAACCUCUGAAUUGUAGAAAGGAGCCAAGAUGACUUCCAUGGAGCACAAGGGCAAAUGGGGAGAUCUCAUUUUGCGUUUUAAAUCACAGAUCACCUGAACCUGAUGUCUGAAGAUGUCUGUAUCAUAGCAAAUGAUCUUACUGUCAUCACCAGGUGUAAAGCUAAAUUUUUACAGUGACUUUCCAUAAAUGGCUUCUUACCUGUUGCAUCAACAUCUUGUUGUAGUAGCAUGUACUAAAUUUUCUUUUUAUAUUGUUUUGGAUCACUGCUGGAGCAGCGUUUGAUUGUACAGUCGAACCACAAGUGGUUUCGUUCACUUCAGAUUGCCUUUGAAAAGAUGAGUGGAAUUUGGUCUGAAGGAUCGUCAUACUGGAGUUGUUUUUUGUAUACUGUACCAGUUUUUUUUGUAAAAAUUUUCAUAAAAAUCCUCCAAACUUGUUUUCAGUAAAUUGUCUACGUAGCAUCAACAAAGUGCCUCACUGUUCACCCAACACUACGCAAAGUGAGUAAACAGCAGAGCGUCAGUGCACUUGUUAUGCUGUAAUCUGUGUCUGCUAAUAAACAUUUUCCAUUGGA